GGCAGCUUGGGGCGCACACGCUCAGGUCCUUAGAGCAUGGUUAUUUUGCCUGCCUCCUCUUUAAACCCAGGCCAGCCUCCUUGGGUAGUGUCAUCUAUGGAAGGGCUCACAAAAGCCAUGACUUCGGACUUGGGAGAUCUCUGAUACUUUGGCAUGCCCCAUCUGGAAGUUCUUCUUGCUGGGGUGGAACCAGAGUGAUGCCCCAGAAAGAUGUGGGAAAAGAAAACAGAUUUGAGUUCUUCCUGCUGACAAUCAAUCAACGAGCUUCUAUGACUCUUUGGACAACGUGGACCAGGACCAAGUGCAGCUGAUCUGGACAUGGUCUGUCGUCCAGGGUUUCUUUGUCGUCGGCGAUUUUGCCCCCGGCCCUUCGUGGUGGGCUUGGUAGUGGCGAUCUGUCUUUUCUAUCAGACUCUAACUCUCCGAGGGACAAAGAAGCUCCCAGCCAAGGCUUCAGUCCCCUGGGAUGUCUCCCACCCACACACCCAGAUUCAGGCCAGAGGCUGCAAGCAAGAUCUAUCUCUGGACCAGCAGUGCUUCCCUCUUCCUACCAAUACAGAGGAAACCAGAAAGAUCAAGGAGUUGGUUGAAACACACUUUGGCAGCCAUGACAGAAGAGCCAUGCUCUACAUGCCUUCUUCCUACAGCAAAAUGGAACUCCGUCUCCACCAGCACAUACUAACCCAGCAUCGCUAUACAGUUGACAUAGCUGAAGGAUGGCUUGAUGGUGGCCUACAGCUGAGCCAGCUUGAUAAAGGUGAUUUAAAUUCUUGGGAUUUGCUCAUUUGCCUGUCUUCUAGACAAUCUGGUGGAAACCCCUGCAUAUCCAAGGAAGAUGUGUGCCUGUUAGGUUUAAACCAAAAGGUAAAUGUAUUGCCAGAAAUACAGCUCCAGCUUUGCAGAAAGGAAGGAUUAUGCCAGAUAAUUAGAAGAUUUCCUGAAUUACAACUUUCGGUGAAUCUCUCUGUGUGUCUAGACCAACGCUCACAAGUCAAACAGAGUACUCCACCUCACCUUUUAAAAGCGGGGAAGCCUCUUAUAUGGAAACUGUUGGACUGGAGACAUGAACAGCUAAAUCAAACAACAGUCCUUUCUCCAAAGGAAGUGAUUUUUGGAGCUGAAGACCUAACUGCAAUUCUUAAAGCAUAUGUAUUGGUGACAUCCUUAACUCCUUUGCGUGCAUUUAUUCAUUCAACUGGCACAGUUUGGAAUCCACCAAAGAAAAAGCGCUUCAAUGUCAAGCUGCAAACAUUUUUUGAGACAUUCCUGAGAGCCAGUUCUCCUCUUCAAGCUUUUGAAAAUAUGAAAGAAGCAAUUAGCAAACUCUUGUUAGCUGCUGAAGUACUCAGUGAAUCUACUACUCUGGGACCAAAGACCUUAAAGAGAUGCAGGUCAUGUUUUCAACUUUUAACUUUUGAUAUUGGUUACAACAGUCUCAAGUACCAGGUGAUACUCCAGGUGCAUGAACAUUUAAAUGUUCAACAUGAUGAUAAUAUGUAUUUUGAGGACCAAAGUACAGAAGAAUUCCUGUUAAAAGAUACAUACAACUUUUUCUUUUCUAACAAAUCUUCACUAUCUAUGCUUUCUGAGAUAUUUCAGAGACUAUAUAGAUCAAGUAUAUUUAAGGGUGAAAAUUAUCACAAGAAACUAAAUCAAUGCCUGUCUUUAGUGGAGAUAAACUCAAUUAUGACUUUCAUAAAGGAACUUGGGAGUCUGGGACAAUUCCAACCGCUCUUCCCAUCUACUACCCCUGGGAUGCAAACUUUGAUACAUGAAUUCUAUGGUCUGGAAAAUCACAUGGAAAAAUCUGCUUCAGUCCUCACCCAAUACUGGUUUCUUUUCAAUGUAAUUGAAGAAUUUCAGCUCCUGCAUAAAAUAGCACAGCUAUAUCCAAAGGAAUGGAAUUCUUACACGAAGGAUGAGAACAUUGAAAAACCACAAGAGCCUUUGGAUGUAACUGAAAAGAAAAAAGCUAGUAUCUCACAGGUUAUAAAUGAAGUCCAAGAAAUACAGUGCAAUAAUGAUAAAGACAUACAAUGUCAUAUCCAGCAAAUCUUCACACAUCCACGUUUGGAAUUAAGUCCUGAAUUUAACCCAAAGAUCAAAGAUUAUUCCUCUGAAGUUCCAUUUGAUGUGGUAACAGUGACAAUUGGAGCAGAAACUUCUAAGUGUCAGUGCAAAGUGUACCUGCUAGAGCGGGGAGGGCCAAGCUUUGCCAACUACUCCCUUGGUUUAGGAAUGAACAAAAUCUCAUUGGUUUUGGUAGAUGAAUCUUCUCCACAGGUUGAGAACCUGAUCACGUAUAAACUCACCAUUUAUCGUGAGGAUCGUCCCAGUCUACCCUUAUUUGAAGACUUCACAGCUUGUGGUUUUGUUCAAGAUUGUGGUUUGCUGAUUCACCCAGAUGAAGCCUGUGGAUUACAGUCUAUUUCCUCUGACUACAUUGAAGCCAUUUCACAUCCUGAAUUAAAUAUUUGUCCAAGUGGGGACACAAAAGGUCAAUGGAUUGUACCUUGUCUUAGCUGUUCAGACAACAGGACCUGUGACUGGAGAGAAGUAACUUGGCAGCCGCACAACUGCCAGUACAGUGUCCUAACUAAGCGUCAGCUUCAGGAGUGUCUAGGAGGAAGAAAGAUUCUUUUUAUUGGAGAUUCGACCAACAGAGGGAUGAUGUACUAUCUGAUUGAAAGGCUGAAUGAAACCUUGCAGGAAUGGCAGAAAGUGCAUGGCACUAAAUUGUAUCAUAAUGUCAAUGGAGGGAAGACUUGGAUCAGUUAUUCCUAUUACCCCCAAUUCUGGAUAAGCCCUUCAUUAAGACCAACAUUUGAAAAAGCACUGGAACAUCUCUUGCACAGAUCAAGGCCUCUGGAGAAUACCAGCCAGACUGUAUUGGUUAUUGGUGGUGUUCAGUGGCUUAAUUCCCACCACCUACACAUUGUUCAAAAGGUCCUGAAGAGGGAAAAUUUGCUGAAUAUCCUGGUUAUCAUCAAAACUUUGGGAAUUGGUUUCCACUUACCUGUCGAUGGAGUGCAUUUUUUAACACAGGGUGAAGUGCAGAAUUUAUGGAAAGAAAAUGUUAUCAUACUCGAUACUGCAAAAAAAUAUGGCUAUCAAGUGGUUGACACAUUCAUGAUAACAAUGGGGCGAUACAAGGAGUUUUUACAGGGGAAGUGUGGGUGUCAUUUCCAUGAGGUAGUGAGAUCAAAGUUAGACACAGAAUUUCACUUCAUUAAAAUGAAAUUAUCAAGAAAGCAUACUGUGGGAAAGUAUUUCAGCAAUCAACAUAAACUCCAGCAACAACAAAACUCCGUGCGAAAUUCUCAGUCGCCCUAUCAUGUCAGAGGUCCAGUUAAUCAGGUUUACUCUGAAAUCCUUCUCAGCAGAAUGUGUGCAAGUAAAAGAACUGUGUAGACUCCACUAUGAUGAGUGAAGUUGGAAAUGGGGAUGAGCCCUUCACAUGGAUCACAUGGUUCACCAUGGUCUGUGAACCAGAUUUCACCUUCAUGCACACCACCACUUGCUUAUGUACAAAAAUACAUGGUGUAUUUAAGUGACCACAAUAGCAGUUUUUACUACACCCUUAUAAGUAUGUGCACCUGAAAAUAAGUUGGCUUUGAGGGCCAUAAAUGUGCUCAUCUGAGAGAGCACAGGCCUUGAAACCCUGAGUUCGAUCUUCAGCACCAGAUUGCCUAAUGAAACCUCAACAUGUCUCCUGAGUGUCAACAAA